CCUGUUUGCCAGAUGUUUUACUGAGCUACGUGUCAAAACUGAGGAUCCUUAGGGACAUAAGGUAGCAAAGGUCGGGGCUAAACAUCUCAAAAAUAGUUCGCGGCUUUGGAUUUUGUAUAAUUUUUUGCUAAAACGGACUUCCCCACAUCCCUCUUCUAAGAUUUACAAUCCCGAAGUUGGACUGCUUUGACCUAGUCGAAAAAGGUGGCCAUAGGAACUGGUCGUCGCUGAUUAGUGUUACCCGCUUUCUGACGGCCAGUGACAAUCUUCCGUUUCUCACAGCUAUGUCCGCGGGUCCCGACGUGCCUGUUACAAGCGUGCCGGGGAUCGUCUUCAAGCUCUAAUUGGCGGGCGAUGGAACCUCGGCGCCCCCUGCAGGUGGGGGAAUCCAGCGCACCCUUUGGGAGAGUGCGGCGUUGAAAUGUGCCAGGAUCUCCCCGAGAGCUUGAAGGCGCUUUGAUCGCCGCCGCGGCUCCGACCUCCCUGCCUGUUUUUCCCAUCUACACACUUUUCUUCUCCCGCAGUUGCUUCUGAGGUCCAGCGUCUUUGGACAGUUGCAGAGCUGGAAAUAGGGCGACUUCGCCCAAAUAGACGCCUCCAAGGGUCCAAUACACCCUUCACUGAACAAUUUGAUGGAGAAUCGGUCGGAUGACAGCAGGAACUGUUGUCAUCACUGGUGGAAUACUAGCAACUGUCAUCUUAUUGUGUAUCAUUGCAGUUCUUUGCUAUUGUAGGUUACAGUAUUAUUGCUGCAAGAGAAAUGAAUCUCAGGAAGCCGAAGAGGAAGAAGAGGAGGAAGAGGAGGAGGAAGAAGUCAAUCUUCCCCUGCACUCACACUAUAUUAUGUGCAAUGCUUGCAACUGUCGUAUCAUGGACGGGCAGGGCAACUCCCCUUUUCCACCCUGUGAGCUUAACAAACAGAGUAACCGGAACUAUGGCCCAGUCUGUUCCCCCUGCGGGGCUCCCUUUUAUAUACAGACCGCUGACAUGGUACGGAAUGGGGGUGAGAGUGUCACCUACACGCCCAUAUGCUGCAAGGAUAUGGGGCUGCCUGCCAAACUGGCGACCCACCAAAAUUACCCGGUGAUCCAUCACUGCGCCAUCCACGGGACCUUUCCAAAUCUGAGGGCUUUCAGUACGGAAGUAUGAUCACUGUCUAUCACUAUCACAGGUGCUUCGGUAUGAUCCUCUUGUUGGGUGGGGAUUUUAACAUUGUGUGUUUCAGCCAAAAUGGAACAUGUGUCCAAGGCCCACCAUUGUUCCUGAUCUUUGCAGAAAAAGAUUUAUAACUUUGUAACGGGGGUAGGUGGGGGGGAGGAGAGGGGAGUUGUGCAAAUUUCAAUCCGCAAAGUGAUAAUGUUGUUUCCACUGACGAUUCUUGUCUAGAGGGCUAUCUAUAAUACAAAACUAUCUUGCAUUUCAAGGUUUUUGGAAACCACUUUACAAUUCCACUCCCCACUAAGAGAUUUGGGAUCUACCAAUACGCAUUCCCAUUUGUCUCUCUCUCUUCAAAGCAAUACUACUCACUUCCCUUGAUUAGUAAAGUAAACUCACGAUGGUCAGUUUGAGAACUUUUUAGGCGACAUCAUAAUUCUCAACCAGGAUGGGGACAACCAGUGAGAAGGGUGACAAGAUGUUUGCUGAAUUAGUGUUCAUUAGAAGUGGAACAAGAACAAACAAGAAAUGAAAUGUUCCGAUUAUUUCUGUAACCCAUUAGUUUAUGAACUGAAUGCUUUAUUUGUACUAGAAUGUAAAAUAGGCCAGCCAAAAUGUACCGUAUUUAUUACACACAUGAACACGCAUACACAAGCAUUUAGUAAUGGUAAGAAACUGGGAGUUGAAGAACAGGAGAAAUUACCAAAUUUCUUCUGAAAUCUGAUUAUUUUUUACAUGGCAAAAACAUCCUGUUCUCCCCAAAUUCUCAAUUCUGAACAGGCUUGCUUAAGAAUAAUUCAUCCUGACACUUAGAGGCCACCCCCCCACUCCUACCCCAAGCUUUGAUAAGUCUUUUUUUCUAACUUCCCGUCCUUGUGUAAUUAAAUACACUGCAAAAGGUGGUAGAACUGGAAAAGGUAAUGUUUUUAUCAUCAAGCCGUGGCAAGGAAGGAUUGAAGUGAGUACAAUGAUCAGUGCCAAAUUGCACAGUUUUAUGAUUUUUGUAAGGUAAUACUUUUAAAAGUAGAACUGGUCAGAUAACAAAGAAAAGUGUACUAGAUUGGUUUCAAAUUUUGAUUGGUGACUUCUGCAAGCCUACCCUUUACUAUGUGUGAAAUGUGGUUCAUGUGUUUGAAAUUCUGAUGGUUUGAUUUUCUAAGAAUGGUACGUAAGGCUAUUUUGGAAACUAUUUGGUCUAUUCUUUUGAACAAGCACAAGGGUCAUUCUCUGAAGUAUCAGUAAGCAGUUAGUGUUGCAUACUCUUCUCUAUUUAUAUGAAUUGAAUGUUUUAUCAGAGACUAAAUUUACGACCUUCACCUAAAAUGGUAAUCAUCUCAAGAACAUAAGGAUGCUGAUGCGAUAAAGGAAUCAGUGUAUAUACAGGAAUACAGACUCGAUUCAUUUCAAUUAUAUUUUGAACAAACUGAAUUUAAUCUGGAUUGUGCGCAUUUAUCCCAGUCCACAGUUCCACUGCAGCUGCAUUUGAGUAAAAACAGAGCUCCCUCCACAAAACAGAAUCCUAAUUUUGUAAAGUUUAAAAGUCUGUGGAGAACCAACACGCCAGAGUUGCAUCUAUGACUUUUCUGGGUUACGGUGGGGGGAGACCUCAUGUACUCUCUUGCACACAGAAGUAACAUACAUGUCUAAUCUGGAAGAGAUGUGACAAAUGUGUGCCUGAAGCUCUUUGAGGUAAGACAAGCAACAAUACAGUUGUAUAUUGCCAGCACCACCUUCUCAUGUUCAUGAAUAACUCUUAUGCUGAAUACACAGAAAGCUAUACUUCCAGCUUCUUGGUCCUUUACAUGCCUGGAAACUUUCAGUAUUCAGGGAAUAAAUAUUCGGGGUCAAUGAACAGGAUGAAGUUAAGUCAAAUAUGUGCUAACUAUUUCUCAUAUGAAGCUUUCCUCCCUCCCUCCCUCCCUCCUCCUCCUUUCUCCCUCUCUCUCUCUUCUAUCCUGCCUCCUUCAGCUGCUCAAGACAGCAUACAUAAUGCUCCCUUUUCCCAUUUUCCUGAGAUGAAUUGACUGGCUGAGUGAGUUUCAGCAGCCUAGGGUGGUAAUGUUAAAAAGGAUCCUGAAGCUAUCACAGCCUUCCAACCCACGAGAAAGCAGUGCAUGCGUACUUCAGGUCAUUUAAUUAUGGUAACAAAGUGCCUUAUAAGGUAUACAGAGCCACCAAAGUAAGCUCAAAAUACUUUCCAUUUUAAAAAAAAUAUGAAAAAAACUAACGAAGACUGUUUCAUCAGUUGCCGUGAAAGCUGCCUGUAUGAUCAGUAAUGAAAGCAAUUCAGGUUACAAAGAUUGGUUUUUCAAACCAUUCUGUUUUUCAAAAAAAGAAAAAAAUAAGGAGAUUACACUGGGCGUUUGAAAUCUGGAGGCAUGAAUGGUAUUAAUAGUAGAAAAUAUAUGUAGCUCAGGGUUGAACCGUGAAGUCCUUGCUGCUCUUUGAGCUUGGUUGUUUUCUUGCAGACAUUUCAAACAACCGAGCUCAGAGAACAAGACAGCAAACACUCCAUAGAGAUAAAAAGUAUUACUGGUACAUGCUUAUUUUUCUUAUAUUUUGUCUAUACAUUAGGAAGGGGCAGAUUUCCAGUGACAAAUCUGAAAGAAAGGAGAAAAACUUCAUUGGACAUAGAAAAAUUCUUAGAAGUCACUAAGGUGCAGUAAAACAGCCCUCCGAAGGUUCCAGAUUAUUAUUGGAGGAAGACCUGGAAUUUAGGGUUGCAAGGAUACACAAACUAGAGUUUUAAAAAGUUUUACACACAAAAUGGUUGCCAUAGCUCUGAACCACAUCCCUAAUUCCAGAUCACAUAGCCUUCAUGCUUCUACUCUGCUUAAGUUGUCAGCCCAUGAUUUACAUUUUGUGUAAAUUUCAUUGUUCUCCAAGCUGGAAAAAAGAAAUCUUGUUUUGUUAACUCAGUGCGAGGUUUCUGCCUUGCUUUGCAUUUCUUUGGAAUGGUUUGGUUGAUAUUCCUAAAUGACAGAUUGUCAUUUGUGUGUGUGAUGUUGCCACACUUUUCAGUUGGUCCCUUCUUUGAACACUUUCUUUGUUCUUUUGGUGAGAUGUGCUGUUUAUUUCUCUGGGAUUGAGAGGACACUGCAUAUCCUUAAUUUAGGAGGUAGCAUAUCAAUCCAAUGC